AGGAAUUGCAAGGAAGGUUUACUUUCGCUUUUGCUUCAGAGAGGAGGAGGCUGCAACUUCGUAUCUUCGAAGGUGGCUUCCUCUCAAUAUGUGGGCAUCAGCUAUGCAUAGAUGUGGCCUUCUCACAUCCUCUAAGGUGCCAGUGCCUUUGAAAAGCAUUUCUGUGGACAUCCUUGUCCGCGGUUUCGUGGCUGACGUAGUGUCUGAACUCCAGUACCAGAAUGAGGAAAAGAGCCCAGUGGAGGCCACCUUUGUCUUCCCUCUGGAUGAUGAGGCUGCAGUAUAUGCCUUUGAGGGUCUGAUCGGUGGGACACGGAUUGAGGCCCAGAUCCGAGAGAAGAAGCAGGCAGAGCAAGAAUACGAGGAUGCCCUGAGCGAAGGCCGUCAGGCUUUCCUGCUUGAGAGAGAAGAAAACACCAGUGACGUUUUCACAUGCAGCCUGGGCAACCUUCCUCCUGGUGGGGAGGCCACACUGAAACUGCGCUAUGUUCAAGCACUAUCUGUGGAACCGGAUGGUGCCGUCCGUUUUGUCCUGCCCGCUGUCCUGAACCCCCGCUAUGUUCCUGCAGCAGGCUCAGAAGGGGGCACUGUUUCCCAGCGGGUACCACGAAUGCCCACAGGAGCUCUGCCCUACACACUCAGCCUCACCGCCAGGGUGGAGUCCCCCUACGGCAUCAACCGCAUGGAGUCAAAAUGCAGUCUUGAUCCUCUGCAGUAUAUGACGGAGGACCACACUGCUGCCCAGGUCUCCUUGGCUAAAGGGCACCAGUUUGACCGUGAUGUGGAACUGCUGAUAUAUUAUGAAGAUGUUCACAAGACCAGUGCCAUUUUAGAGGCUGGGAAGUCUGGAGCUGCCCCAGGUUCUCUGAUGGGGGACCCGGCCCUUCUGCUAACCCUAUACCCCAACAUUCCCACUGUCAAGCCAGGUCAGAGUGUUGCUGGAGAGUUCAUCUUCCUGCUGGAUCGCUCUGGCAGCAUGGAUAUCACCAUGGAUAACCAGAACUCCUCACCAUCACGCAUUCAGAGUGCCAAGGAGACCCUGAUUUUCUUGCUAAAGAGUCUCCCUCUGGGAUGUUACUUCAACAUCUAUGGCUUUGGCUCUACUUUUGACUCACUCUACCCGCAGAGUGUGGAGUACACCCAGGAGACCAUGAACACUUCUAUCCAACGUGUGAAGGAGCUGAAGUCUGACUUGGGAGGCACAGAGAUUUUAAGACCCCUGAAGGCCAUUUACAGCCAGCCGUGCCUUGAAGGACGUCCUCGACAGCUCUUUGUUUUCACCGACGGAGAGGUGUCCAAUACGAACGAGGCCAUUGCUGAAGUUCGACUUCACAGUAGCUCCCACAGGUGCUUCUCCUUUGGCAUUGGGGAAGGGGCCUCCACAGCUCUCAUCAAAGGCAUUGCUCGAGCUGCUGGAGGCAGUGCUGAAUUCAUCACUGGCAAGGAACGCAUGCAGGCCAAGGCUUUGCAGAGUCUGAAGAAGGCCCUUCAGCCAGCAGUGACGGGGAUCUCUCUGAGCUGGGAGUUGCCUCCUGGCCUCGAGGCCACCCUGGUGGGGUCAGGACCUCAAGUCAUUUUCCAAGGGCAGCGCUGCCUCAUCUAUGCCCAGGUCCGUGGGCAACUUCAGGCAAGUGAUCCACCUGAGGUCCGCCAUCCUGAGUAAUCCCUCCCUCCCUCC